CACACGAACAGGUCCACAACAACACAUGAGCUACCCCGCAGAUACGAGGAGGACUCGAGUCACGCUGAGCUUUUCUCCGAAGCUCGGAGACUUUAAAUAGCUCGCACGGCAUCUUCAACCUUCAACUCAUUAACAUCUCGACCUCCGCCGACAGCCUGGGGGACAACCACCAGUCACGCCCCUCAAGAAUCAAGAUGGCCACUCAAAAGCAAUUCAACGUCGGCAUCGUAGGCUACGGCCUCUCGGCCAAAGUCUUCCACAUCCCCUUCAUCGCCCUGACGCCGUCGCUAAAGCUGCACUCCAUCGUGCAGCGCAGCCCGUCGCCCACCAACUCGGCGCCAGCCGACCACCCUCACGUGACGCACCACACCGCGUUCGAGGCGCUGCUGGCCGACGGCGCCGUCGACGUGGUGGUCCUGUGCACGCCGCCGGACACGCACUUCGCGUUCGCGCGCGCGGCCCUCGAGGCGGGCAAGCACGUGCUGGUGGAGAAGCCGUUCGUGCCGACGGCGGCGGAGGCCGACGCGCUGGCAGCGCUCGCGCGCUCGCGCGGCCGCGUGCUGUGCGUCUACCAGAACCGCCGCUGGGACGCCGACUUCCUGACCGUGCGCCGCCUGCUGCGCGACGGCGUGCUCGGCCGCGUCGUCGAGUUCGAGACGCACUUCGAUCGCCUGCGCAUCAGCCCGCCGGCGGGCGGGUGGAAGGCCUCGAUGGGCAUGCGCGAGGGCGGCGGCGCGCUGUUUGACUUGGGUACGCACCUGUUGGAUCAGGUGUUUGUGCUGUUUGGCAUGCCCAGUGCGGUCUAUGGCCGGUUUGUGCGGCAGCGGGAGGGGAGGUUGGUGAAGGGUGAGGCGGGGCCGGAGGACGAGCCGGACAGCGUGACGGCGGUGUUGAGUUAUGCGGAGACUGGGGUGGUGGUGCAUGUGAGGAUCGGGGUUGUUAGCGUGGAGACGAGGCAGAUCCGGUUUUGGGUACGCGGGAGCAAGGGAAGCUAUCACAAGACGGGGUUGGACCCGCAGGAGGACCAACUCCGGGGCGGUGGGAAGGCGACGGAUGCUGACUUUGGCCGGGAGGACGAGUCGCGGUAUGGCCGGCUGUGCCUGCUUGGGGAAGACGGGACGGUUCGGGACGAGGUGUGCCCGAAUGUCGAGCCGGAGACGUACGUCAAGUUCUACGAGCUGUUUGCGAAGGCAGUCGAGAGCGGCAAGGAGGAGGACAUUCCUGUGCCUGCGUCCCAGGCAGCCCAGGUGCUGAGGAUUAUCGAGGCGAUACGAGAGAGCGCGAAAACGGGCAGGGAAGUCGCUCUUUGACCGAGGCGGGAGGUUGUAAAAAAUACUGUUAUCAAUAUCUCGAUUCGAUUCUCGCGUCACCAUCCCGUCUUACAGCAUGGCUCUGGUGGUUGAUGGCCAACUUGUUAUCCGCGACCUUCUCCCCUGACCAACAUCGGUUGGUCUGCGGCCUCCGACAAUGUCGCCGAUGAUUCCCCCGGCCAGCGGCCGCGGUUUUAAUGAUGCAAUGAUCGAAUCGCGUCUGCGAUCCUACGGUUAGAUGCUGCGACCGUGGCCAAGACAACCAGGGCCAUAUCCAGAGUAGCCACUGCCAUCGCUGAAGCCGAAAGCAGCCGAUUCGCGCUCCUUGCCCUUGCCCUUGUGGACCGUCAUCCCUUCAAUGUGUCGAAGCAUGACCUUUUUGAUGUCUU